UACCCCCUCCAUCCCCUAAUCCUGGGGGUCCUUCUUCCACCCACCACCUCUGGGGGUCCCCCCUCCACCCCCCCGUUCUGGGGUGCAUCUCACAUCCCGUCACCGCUCCCCAGGAGCUGUUUGCAGACACACUGGGCGCCCUGCGGGAGCUGCUGAGGACCCUCCUGCAGCGCAGCCUGACCCCGCACGGCCUGCAGGACAUGUUCGCGCACUUGGGCCCAUGGAUCAAAUCCAGCAAGCAGCACGAGCGGCAGCGUGCGGUGGAGCUCAGCGCCGCACUACUGGACUUCUACCUGGGCAGGCUCAACGUCAGCGUAAGUGAGCGCCAACAGGACCACUUCCANGUCGUCCCUUUCUACAACCUGGGUGUGCUCAUCGCGCUCUUCUCCCCACGCUGCUCCGACUCGGUGGGCAGUGUCCGGCAACGCGCCGUCGACUGCGUCUACAGCCUGCUCUACAUCCAGCUGUGCUACGAAGGGUUCGCUCGGGACCACCGGGAUGAGAUGGUGGAGGGACUGAAGGCGCUGAAGAGGGGUCUGGAGGAGCCCGACUUCACCAUCCUCUUCCGCACCUGCACCAACAUUGCCAUGGUGAUUGGGAAGCGUGUCCCCCCGGACCAGCUGAUGAGCCUCCUGCUUGCCAUGUUCGAGGGGCUGGCGGACCCCGACAAGAACUGCUCCCGUGCGGCCACCGUCAUGAUCAACGCGCUGCUCAAGGAGCGGGGGGCGGUCCUGCAGGACAAGGUGCCCGACAUCAUGAGCAUCAUCCACGGCAAGCUGCAGGAGGUGGACGAGGAGNUUGGGUUGAGUUGGAAGGGUCCUUAA